GGGGCGGGGCGGGCGGCCGGGCGUUCGGUUGGUUCCUCCGCGUCCGCGGCGGCAGCGACGGCGACAUGGAGAGCGGGGCCUACGGCGCGGCCAAGGCGGGCGGCUCGUUCGACCUGCGGCGCUUCCUGACGCAGCCGCAGGUGCUGGCGCGCGCCGUGAGCUUGGUCUUUGCCUUGAUUGUGUUCUCGUGCAUCUUCGGUGAGGGCUACAGCAAUACCCAUGAGUCCAAACAGAAGUACUGCGUGUUCAACCACAACGAGGAUGCCUGCCGCUACGCCAGUGCCAUCGGGGUGCUGGCUUUCCUGGCAUCCGCCUGCUUCUUGGUAGUUGACGUCUAUUUCCCCCAAAUCAGCAAUGUCACUGACCGCAAGUACCUGGUCAUCGGCGACCUGCUCUUUUCAGCUCUCUGGACCUUCCUGUGGUUCGUGGGUUUCUGCUUCCUUACCAACCAGUGGGCAGCCACCAAUAUAGAAGACGUGCUGGUGGGAGCUGACUCGGCGCGAGCGGCCAUCACCUUCAGCUUCUUUUCCAUCUUCUCCUGGGGUGUGCUGGCCUCCCUGGCCUACCAGCGCUACAAGGCUGGAGUGGAUGAUUUUAUCCAGAACUAUGUGGACCCCACUCCAGACCCCAGCACGGCCUACGCCUCCUACCCAGGUGCGUCUGUGGACAACUACCAACAGCCACCGUUUGCCCAGAAUGCUGAGACCACUGAGGGCUACCAGCCACCCCCAGUGUACUGAGCUGCAGCUGGGCAUGGCAAGGGGCACGGGGGCACCUAGGGGCCCUCCGCUCUGCCCUGGACUCCCCCUACAAGGCUUGCAGAGCCUUGGGCCGCUCAUCCCACCUGGCGCCUGCUGGAGCCACACAGUCUGGAGAGGCCCUGCCUUCCCCAGUCCCGCUGCUGGUGGAGCCUCCACCCAAGUGCCUGCGCCCCAGGGGCCUCACCCACCACUCCUCAAGGGCAUUUUUUAGAAAAGGGUUUUAGCUAGAUGUGUUCUGUGGUUGCUUUUAAUGACCCCCAGCCCUGCCUGGAGUAGAAGUGCCUGAUACGCUGUUUUUGAUACGCCUUAGCUUUUCCCCGGCUGGAGGCAGGCCCAGGCCGUGGUGGCUGCUUACUUGGGGUUCUCUGCCAAAGACAAGGCUGCGGGGCCUCCCACCUGCUGUCGGUGCUGGGCAGGCUUCCCCCUCACUCAGGUGCACUCCCACCCCAGAGCGGCUGUACCCGACCCCUUCAUAUUCUGGGUGUGGGCAGCCCCGUGCUCACUGCUGUAGUGUCUGCUGGCUCUUGGAUUUGGGGUCACUACCCAGGGCCUUGGGCUGCCUUUCUGACAGCACCAGCGAGGCACAUGCCCACCCAGGGCCGCAGAAGCGCUUCAUUUUCCUUGCUCCCACCCCUUGGCAAUAGGGAGGGGCUUUGCCUGACCUACAACACCCAGCUUUAUGUAAAUACCCUGCCACUGUUGGGAAGUGUGGGGUGCACUCACAGCCCCCAGGCUGUCUGAAUGUAUUAAAAAGCCUUGGGGGAAGAUGCACAGCACCUUCUGUUCGUUUGACUGAUUUGGAGAUGAAUAAAUAUUUUUCUUGUUCAUAA